CGUGCCCAUCCAGGCUCUGUGAAAGAGGUAAAGGAGUCUGAUGAGAGGAGGAGCGAAAUACUGCUGGACCUGGCACAACAGGCUGAGAAAAUACAUGCCAUGGGGCGUCUACAGCCUUAGUGAUCUUGAAGGCGAUCAAGAAGAGAUUGAACAUGGGAGAACUGAUGCCCCUGCUACCACCUGGCAAGAAACUGGUUCCCACCAGUUCGAUCAGAGACCAGAGCCAGACUACCCCAGAACCUGCCCCUGCAUCUGUAGGAGAGGAGAAACAGACCAGGAAAGAGACUGACAAUGAGACCGAGAUGGACAGGGAGGACACCCCAGAAACCAUUCAAAUGACUCAGGAGACUGGGGUGGAAGUGGACAAACGCAUUGGCAAAGAAACCUGCAGUGACCCCAGUAAAGACACUGGCAGAGAGACCAGUAAAGACACUGGCAGAGAGACCAGUAAAGACACUGGCAGAGAGACCAGUAAAGACACUGGCAGAGAGACCAGUAAAGACACUGGCAGAGAGACCAGUAAAGACACUGGCAGAGAGACCAGUAAAGACACUGGCAGAGAGACCAGUAAAGACACUGGCAGAGAGACCAGUAAAGACACUGGCAGAGAGACCAGUAAAGACACUGGCAGAGAGACCAGUAAAGACACUGGCAGAGAGACCAGUAAAGACACUGGCAGAGAGACCAGUAAAGACACUGGCAGAGAGACCAGUAAAGACACUGGCAGAGAGACCAGUAAAGACACUGGCAGAGAGACCAGUAAAGACACUGGCAGAGAGACCAGUAAAGACACUGGCAGAGGCACAAUAACUAAAGCUAGUCAAGAAACCAGAAAGGACAGCAGGAGCAGAGGGAAAGAUGAGGCAGAAAAGAUAAUCAAGGAGAAAGAGAUGGAGAGAAAUGUUGAGAAAGAGACUGACAAAAAAGAGACCAGUACAGAGACUGUCAAAAAGUUAGGGAGUAAGACUAGAAACAUGACAGUCCAUGAGACCAGCAAAGAGACUGGGAAAACGACCAGUACAGAGACUGUUAAGGAGACUGAGAGAGAGACCUGUAGAGCUGUUAGUAUAGUGGCCAGUAGAGCCAGCAAUAGAGAGACUAAAAGAAAGCAUGCUAAAAAGCCAGAGACUUGUAAAACACCUGAAAAGAAGACCUAUACUCAGACUGUGAAAGAAAAAACUAAAGUGACUCCUCCCCCCAUCUCCCUUCCAACCACUGAUCUGUGGGAUUUCCUGAAGAAGCAGAACCGAGAGGCUGUGAUUGGUCUGAGUGCAAUCAUCGAGUGCCACAGUCACGGCCAGCCCCCCCUCUACCUCUGCCAGGUGUGUGGGUGUAAAGUCUUCCAGAACUGCAUCAUCGUCCAUGUAACCACAGACUGCCACCGACUUUCCUACCUGAGGUCGCUGAAGACAGUGAUUGUCCCCAAAGGGAACCAGCUCCAUAGGAAGUUGAGGAGAGCUGCCUUGAAGCUGGAGAAGACCAUGGGAUAUGGAGAGGCUGAGGUAAUGGAGUUGGAUGCACACACAUACAAUUUUGUUGCAGAAAGAUCCUUUCCCAUUGGCCUGAACAUUGUAAUGAAGGUCAUAAAUGGUGACCCUUCACCUGACCCCCGACUGUUGGUCAGCCCUGACCCCUCACCCAAGGUCAGCCCUGACCCCUCACCCCAGGUGUCAGAGGUCAGCAACCCCACAAUGACCUCUACAGCUCUGUUGUCCUACCUGAAUGCCUCCACCAGGACACAGCCUGUCAUCGGUGUCAGUAUGUUGACAGAGUUGCCAGACAGACAUGGUGACUACUUCCUCUGCCGCUGCUGUUCUCACAGGAUGUUUACUUCAUCCCUCAUUGGACACCUAAUCUCUGCUCGACACCGCUACCACUACAUAAAACUAGUGUACCCUGAGCUGGCUGCUGAUUGGCCAGUGAGCCCAGAGCUGACGGUGAAGGCGGGGCCUCUUCAUGAGGAGCUGAGAGUGAGAGCUGCAGAACUGGAGGCACAGGAGGGACUAGGACAGCCCACGGUGGUAAAGAGAGAACCUGUUGCUGGAGACACAACCACUACCAAUACUGAAGGGACUGCCCAGCAGAGCCAGAACAGCUCACCUCCUCUCACUGUGAAAGAGGAACCGGUUGACUCCACAGUACCGUCCCAGCCCCCUAGAGGAGAGAAGAGGAACAAGAGGAGGAGCAACCCUGUGGUUGGUGUGAACUUCCUGGUCCAGGUGUCCCACAGGAGAAGGAAACAGUACUACUGUCAGCUAUGUUCUGUCAGGAUGAAACACGCUAUUGCUGAUCACAUGACCAGCCUCAGCCACCGACACAACUAUGUGAGGUUGAAGUACCCUGGUUGGACCUCCAGCCCGGUAGAGAUGGAGAAGAAGCUGUUCAAAAUGGCCGUUCACCUGGAGAAGGUCGACAGAGACGCAGGAAUGGGCAUGCAGAAGGUAGAAGUGGAAGCUGAUGAGUACAAAGAGCUGUUGUCCUUUCCUGUGGAGGAAGCUGUCAGUAAACUGCAAGCCAUCAUCAGACGGCAACAAGAGCCAUGCGAUCUGAGACACACAGCUCCCUCGACCAAUCACAACCCAGAGGAUCUGAGACAGACAGCUCCCUUGUCCAAUUCCGAUGCAGCCCAAGGUCCAGCUCAAGGUAUGUGUGGGGCAGAGUCACGUGAGACCGAGGGAGUGUGUCCUCUCCCUGUCAGUCUAUCAGAGGAGGAGAAUGACCAGACGCCCCAGAGGCUCCUGGUUCAGAUCUCAGUGUUUUUGGGAGAAGACCAGGAACCCCUACAAGUACCUUCCCCAUUCCUCCAGGAUCAGCCAUCCCUUACUUCCAUCCCUCUCCCCCUCUCUUCCUCAAUCCCCCUUUCUACCUCUCUUUCCACAGUUGUCCUAUCUACCUCACCCUCCCUCUCUUCCUCCAUACCAUCCCACACGCCCUCUUUGUCCACAGAGAAUACGACACACCCCUCCCCUGUCUCUGUCCCUGUUCCUGCACCUCUCUCAGCUCUGAGGAGCUCAACACAUUUGAAGGACUGGGAGACUUCCCUGAGUCCAGAGUGGUGGGAGAGGAAGAGCCCAGAAUGCAGAGAGACACAGAUGCUUCUAGAAAUACCAGACAGACACACUCUUCUGGAAUACUCGGACAGAGACAGACAGGCUCAUCUGGAAUACUCUGAGAGAGUCAGACGGACAGACUACUCAGAGAGAGACAGACAGGCGGACUACUCCGAGCGAGACAGACAGGCGGACUACUCCGAGCGAGACAGACAGGCGGACUACUCCGAGCGAGACAGACAGGCGGACUACUCUGAGCGAGACAGACAGGCGGACUACUCUGAGCGAGACAGACAGGCGGACUACUCUGAGCGAGACAGACAGGCGGACUACUCCGAGCGAGACAGACAGGCGGACUACUCCGAGCGAGACAGACAGGCGGACUACUCCGAGCGAGACAGACAGGCGGACUACUCCGAGCGAGACAGACAGGCGGACUACCCCGAGCGAGACAGACAGGCGGACUACCCCGAGCGAGACAGACAGGCGGACUACCCCGAGCGAGACAGACAGGCGGACUACUCCGAGCGAGACACACAGGCGGACUACUCCGAGCGAGACACACAGGCGGACUACUCCGAGCGAGACAGACAGGCGGACUACUCCGAGCGAGACAGACAGGCGGACUACUCCGAGCGAGACAGACAGGCGGACUACUCCGAGCGAGACAGACAGGCGGACUACUCCGAGCGAGACAGACAGGCGGACUACUCCGAGCGAGACAGACAGGCGGACUACUCCGAGCGAGACAGACAGGCGGACUACUCCGAGCGAGACAGACAGGCGGACUACUCCGAGCGAGACAGACAGGCGGGCUACUCCGAGCGAGACAGACAGGCGGACUACUCCGAGCGAGACAGACAUGCGGACUACUCCGAGAGAGACAGACAUGCGGACUACUCCGAGAGAGGCAGACAGGCGGACUACUCCGAGAGAGGCAGACAGGCGGACUACUUAAGGGGAAACAGACAGACGGAAUACCUGGCAUCUCAGAGCUUACAUCAGACUACAGAGCACUGGGUGACAGGGCAAGUGACCUCCAUGGACACAAUGCUGUACAGUACUCCAACAGAACCGGACGAAGACCAAGAACACACACAUCAUCACAGUGAACACACACAUCAGCACGGUGAACACGCACACUUUGAGCAGGCCCCAGCAAGCUGGCUCAGUGUUCCACAGGUGUAUCUGCUGCCGGACACACCCGCAGCAAAGAGGGUUGUCGGCCCCAGCCACCUGUCCAAGUACCUGAAAGUGAAGGGCCUUCACAACACAGAACCGAUCAUAGGUCUGGGCAGUGUGGUGGAGUGUAGAGGUAUAUCCCAGGCUACGUUUUUCAUAUGUGUGAGCUGUGCUGAGACUCUCUCCAGUACACACAUCUGUGAACACAUCAUCAGUGCGCAACACCAGCAGUGCUACAUGUUUUCCCAGUAUAGUCCUAUGCGCUGUGAUUGGUUGAGAGAGCAGCAGCAGCCUCCGAGUCCACAGCUCCUCAGGAAGGUCGCUUCAGCACUGUCACAACUGGAGGUGGAUCUAGAUGCACAGGUGAUGCUGCUGGAUCAGAUGUGGUAUAACCUUGUGCAGUCAGCUCCAUUCUACGAAGCCAUGAACAUGCUGCAGGAACAGAAUCAGAAUGCCCUGUGUCUACACACAGCAAGCAGACACCAGCUUUAUCCUCCACUUGGUCCUGACCCAGCACCGGAGCAGGGCUUUGACCAGAACCACAGAGUGAUGGAUAAACUGACCAUGGAUCAGAUUGAGCCCCAUCAUCCCCUGCAGACAGCAGAUACAGUGGCUGGUAAACUGACUGGAGAUCAGCUGGAGUCAGGCCAGUGCAUACAGACCGCAGACAGAUGGCCAGAUAAUCAGAACCCGGAUCAGCCCCAGUUGAGCCAGAGCUCAGAGAGAACAGAGCCAAUCAGAGACCAGACACCACAGAAUCAUAAUUCUGAGCCAAUCAGAGACCAGACACCACAGAACAUUGAGCCAAUCAGAGCCCAGAUGCCAAAGAAUUCUGACCCAAUAAAAUCCCAGACACCACAGAACACUGAGCCAAAAAGAGCCUGGAUGCCACAGAACUCCUCAGAACCACAUCUGGACCAAGACAACACAGUCAUUAUCAAACAGGAGCCUGUGGACCCCAAGAUGGAACCUCAGACCCAUCCUCAGACCCAGCCUGAGGUGGACCCCUUAAAGGAUUCCCUGUAUGGACACAGAGUCCAGUUCUCCCCAGAUGUACAGAACCUGGCUGGUGUGUGUGAGGUGGAGUACCCGGGUACCGUCCUAGGACACAGCCAAGAGGUGACACGUAUAGGAGGGGCCACAGAGAACUCCCUUCACUCCACCAAGAACCUGAGAGACUCCGUCAACAACAGCCUGCCUCUGGUCGGUCUCAGUGCAGUGAUAGAGUGUUGCAGUGAGGGCCAGGUGUCCUUCUACCUGUGUGUGUCGUGUGGCAGCAAAAUUGAAAAAACUCUACUCAUCAGCCACGUCCUCAAAUACAGACACCGACAGAUAUACCUGACAAUGAGGUACCCGUGGUAUUUCCUUGGUGUGGUACCAGCCCGAGGGUUGGCAGAACAGUCCAGACUGAUGCAGAUUGCUAAGGAGGUGGAGGAGCAGAACCAUGAUGAGCCUGGCACGCUACAGGAGGUGAUUCUGGCCCCUGCUGACUUUGACGAGAUCAAACGGAUGCUGUUUGAUAAAGCUGUAUCCCGUUUGCAGGAGAUCUGUAGAGAGCAGAACCAGACUGAACUCCUCACCAUGGUCACCAGCAAACCUGAACCAAUAGUGGUCAAGCAGGAGAUUGUGGAGUGCCAGGUGGUCUCCCAUCAGGCCUUGGGGCAAUUCCUACCGACACAGAGAUGUAGGAGAAACACUGGAAAGCGUUGUUCUAACGUUGAGGGGUCAGAGGUGAGGGGUCAGCAGCAGGUGAAGAAGAGAAAGGUGUCUAGCCCCCCUGAGGGUCACACUGCCCCUGUCAUCUGUCUGUCAUCUCCUGAAGUCACCAAGUCUUCUGACACACACACUGUCAACCAGACACACACCAUCACACCCUCACCCACACAAUCCAACACAAAGCCAAAACUCACACCCUCAUGCACACACUCUGACUCUCAAACUAAACUUAAACCUUCACGCACACACCCCAAACCCAAUUCAACCGCCCCAGAAUAUACUAGACCCAAACUCAUUCCCCAUUCUGCCACCAAGCCCUCCGGUAUCCCUGCCGACAGCCUGACUGUUGCCAAAGAGUCCUCUAGCAAGAAACCCACUCACACACUGUGCAAACCCACACACACACUAUCCAAUCCCCCAAAAACACUCUUCACCAGUAGCCAGAAGCUCACUGACAAACAUUCGGACAAGAAUGAGUCUCAGAAACAUACUGAAAAGGCUAAACCUACUCGCACACAAAGUGAACGCACACACAGAAACCGCACACACACUCGCAAACACAGUGACCUCACAUGCACUGACAAAGCCAAAGACAGACACAGUGACAGGACCAAACGCAGACACAGUGACCGCAAACACACUAACAGACAUUCUGACCACUCACGCUCUCACACCCUCUCUAAGAGACAUAAUCAUAGCUCCAGCCGUUCCUCCAAAGCCUCCCCCAUAGCUAGUCCCUCUGAGCCCCCCCUGCUCUCCCCCUACUCCCCCGCUGCAUUCUCCCCCACCAGAGCCACUUCUGCAGCGAGCCUAAGCCAGGUCAAACCCAGCCAACCAUCCUGCCUACUCAACAAACAAUUACCCAAACAGUCCAGCCAACCAACCAAGAGACCCCCAAACCCAACCUCAGCAGUCAGACCUCUCCAGACCCAGGCCAACCCUCCCAACAACACCUCUUACCCCCACCUGCACCCAGCAAGAACCGGACCCAGUACCCCCCCACCCGGACCCAUGACCCCCCAACCCCCGGCCAUCCCUCCCUGCCUCACUCCUCCACCCCAGCCAGACCCUGUCUACGCCUCUGGGGUUAAGAAGAAGACUUCCAUCGUAGACUGUGAUCAAUUUGUGGAAUACUUUGUCUCUUUGUUGCGCUCCCCCCACUUUCCUCCUGCCCUAACCACCCCAGAGAGGGCAGAGAGUGCUGAGGCUCAUACCAGGGCAACAGGCCCUAACCCUGGAGGGGAGGAGAUGAGGGGUGACUCAAAAGGUCAUGCCAUCGCCAUAGUGGCGGCAUUACCCAACCUGCUAAAAAGGAAGCUAUCCCUACAGGAACCCGAGGACAGAGACCCCUGGAACUACGAGAGCCGACAGUUCACCCCCAACUCCAAACCUAACCCCAACUUCCAGAACCCGAACUCCAAACCUAACCCCAACUUCCAGAACCCUAACUCUAACCCCAACUUCCAGAACCCUAACUCGAACCCCAACUUCCAGAACCCUAACCCCAACUUCCAGAACCGUAACUCUAACCCCAACUUCCAGAACCGUAACUCUAACCCCAACUUCCAGAACCGUAACUCUAACCCCAACUUCCAGAACCCUAACUCGAACCCCAACUUCCAGAACCCUAACUCGAACCCCAACUUCCAGAACCCUAACUCCAACUCGAACCCCAACUUCCAGAACCCUAACUCCAACUCGAACCCCAACUUCCAGAGUUCUACCCCCACUGCUAAUGCCACACUAGCCCAGGGGGGUUACACUGGAGGGGUUACAGUUUCCUCUAGCCCUAACCCCACUGGCCCACAGCCCCCAGAGAUUCUACCUGGUUACACCUACCCUGGUUACACCUACCCUGGUUACACCUACCCUGGUUACACCUACCCUGGUUACACCUACCCUGGUUCAGGUUACGCUGGAGUUGUCAGUGUUAGUCAGUUCACUUCCAACUCCCCCAUUAACCCUAUCCCCAGCCCCAGUAACACACAGCCACAGGCAAUGUGGUCUGGGGGCAACUGGGGAACAGGCUACCCAGAGGCAGGCUACCCAGGGGCAGGCUAUGUUACAACGGGUCAGGCUGGUACUUCCUACCCUGGAGCUGUCUCUUCUGGAAGUGGAGCAGGCUACCCUGGAGUUCUGCUCUACCCAGAGAUGGGCUACUCAGACAUGAACUGCCGUGGACAGGCUUACCCUAGGUCUGGGACUGGACUCGGCUCUGCUGGGACCACACCAUCUCCAGCCAACCCCAGCUAUUUGGCCUUGACCCAGCCAUCACUUGACCCAGCCAGCUACUCCGCCAGGUCUGCUACUGUCACCGGGGUUGCCAUUGAAACCAGCACAGCAGAGUAUCUGCCACGCCCUCAGUGAGGACCACGCCAGCCUAGAUUUACUUAACGUGAAGCACUGACUGCUGGACAAUCGCUGGACUUGGAGGAGACGCACACACAUACACACACACACACAGAUUGAUAAAGUAACAUUUUGUUACCGAAUGUCAGUUUUAAAAUGAACGAUUCUUGGUUUUCCUCUAUUUUGUAUUACUUAAAGGUAACCCUCUUGCCAGAGCUUGGUGGCUCAGCAUAAGUAGUUACAGCCCUGUGGGAGGGGCCGACUCUUGUCAGAACAAACUCCCAUCCAAUCACUUGAAAGCUGUUUAAUUUCCAUGACUACUUAUUGUGGCAUAAGAGGAGCAAACAAUAUUUUUUUAUGUUUACUACUAUUUUUUUACAUUUACUUUUUUAAAGAUACAAGACAGUAUAUUUUAAUGGCAAACCAAGCGAAUGUUAUACUCAAGCAAUGUUCACCAUUUAAAUAAGUUGAUGUUGAUGUUUUCUUGAAUGUGGAUUAUUAUGUUUAAUGUGAAUAUUAUUUUUGUAUCUUAUACGUUGGUAAUCCUUUAGACUCGUACCUGCAUACAGGUUAAAAAUGGCAGAUUUGGGGCACUAAUAAGCUCCUAAAUUGGAAUGUAGUGGCUGUUCAGUAACAUGCUAUACAUGACGUCAGAGCUCUGGCUUUGUGCCUCCCAGCUCUGUAUGGGUUUUGACUGACAGCCGUUCUGAACUUGAGCACCGUGCGCAACAAGAAGUUGCCCCCAUCCCUCCCGGUAACUGGCCAACUUUUGAAAUGUUUUUGUUGUCUGAGUGAGCGAAAUGCUAUAAAUUGAGAUCACUUGUAUUUUGAAAGAUGAGAAUUUGAGGAUUAUAAUAAAUACCGCUUUGAUGUCAUACAAGCAAGCUAAACA